AAAUCGACGCGACCAUUUCAUGACGGCAUGUUAACCUCUGACAAAACGAAAGACAAAACUUAACCACUACGAUCUUAUAUUACACAAUGGAGUAAGCAGUAGACAACAUGGAUCGUCAGGAUGACGAGAAAAAUCCGUCCAGUUCCUCCCAUGGGAACCGGAAAAGGAAGAGUAACAGGGUUAAUGAACCAGAUUUGAAACCUGUUCUAAAACAACACAAAAUGGCUAAUUCCGAAGAUGACGAGGUCUCUCAGGCCAUCAACAUGGAUUCGGACUCCGAAUCAUCAGAUUCAGACCGUGAAAUGGACCAGCCGUCACUUCUAGAACAGUUGAAGUCUAUAUUGGACAGUUAUCAAGACGCUCAAAUCAUCCGGGAGCUUAUUCAAAACGCUGAUGAUGCAAACGCCUCCGAGAUGCAGAUUAUCUACGUGAACGACUCCAAGGAAAAAUCACCAGGAGAACUUCAAAGUGGAUGUUAUUCUGAAUAUUUCAGGUCCCCUGCACUGUGUGUCUAUAACGAUGAGGUAUUCAAUGGAAAGGACUGGACAUACAUCAGAAGUAUUUACCGCAGUGGUAAACGCGAGAACGCCAUGAAAGUAGGCAGAUUUGGUCUCGGAUUCAAAUCCGUCUUCCACAUGACAGAUAACCCUGUCAUAAUAAGUGGCGAUCAGAUAUUGGUAAUCGAUCCUUUUCGGACAAAAAAGAAACUAGGAAAAGAUUGCCAUACUUUGAAAUUCAAGAAGCUUUGCAAAUCUGUCCAGAGGAAGCGCAAUUAUAGAGAGGCUCUUGUUGCUAUGAAGGCAUUGUUCGGCCAUUGUGGAUUUACAAAAGAGUCGUUGAAGGAUAGAUACCACGGCACAUUAUUUUGGUUUCCAUUCCGCCGCUCCCCCUCAGAGUUAUCCAGUAAAGUUUUCGAACAUUCUGAUGUUACAGAACUUGUAUCCAUGUUAAAAAAAGAUGCUCAUUGUUUGCCACUUUUUCUUAAAAAUAUCUCUCAUAUAUCUUUUUGUGAAAAAGGCACAUGUUCCACAUCGUUCUCGGUGAAACGCAUUGCGCUUGAUAACGAAGAGAAGAUAUCUUUCAACUUGAAUCUUGCAGCAUGCAAGGGCAAGCUACCAGAUGAGGAUUUGAAGGCAAUACUUCCUGUCAUAGUCACUGUAAAAGACGGCGAGAUAGUAAAGAAACAACGAUGGGUUCUGUGUAGUUAUAUAAAAGGCACGGAUGGUCUUUCCAAGGAGCUCACAGUGUUGAUUGAAAACAAGCAACUGUCGUACAGUCCUUUUGUUGGAAUAGCAGUUCCCGUCGAUAGCACGCCAGACAUUGAAUUUCGCGGCCAAGUUUUUUGUUUUCUACCACUUCCGGCUACAAGUGAAAAUUACACCGGCCUACCAGUACAUAUCAACGGAUUCUUCGCACUGAGCCAAGACAGGCAUCACGUUAAAUGGCCUACAGAUGAUCAGACCUACAGAGAAGAUGCCCAGACAUGGAACCGUUUACUGUGUGAAGAAGUGAUUGCUGAAGCGUAUACAUAUACUCUUGAAUACAUGAAGGGUUUCACAGUCAGGGAACAACGCAUUGAAUCUGAUAACCUAGUGUACAAAACGCUUCCUUCGCAAACAAACAUUCUAUCAAACUGGGGAAGCAUUGCGGAUCCCUUGUUCAGAAACCUGCAAGAUAGGGAUAUAUUUUACACGAAGAAUAAUUCGGGAAAAUGGAUUCAAGCAAAGGAUGCCGUAUUUGCUGUUUUGAUUUGGAAUUGUGAUGCAAUUACUCACAGGCAGACGGAACAAGUUAUAUUCAAUCUUCUGUUGGAAAGCGGAUGUAAUGUUGUGAAUGCACCAUUGCAUGUCGCAGAAUCGUUUCCAGAUGUACAAAGAGUAACACCGCAGUACUUGAGGGAUGUGAUGAGAGAAAAUCCUAUCUACACCAGCCUUUCAUCGAAGGACAAACUCUUACUACUGCAGUUUGUAUUAGCUGAUCAACAGUACUCUGAUCUUGGUAACCUUCAGCUUCUACCCCUGGAAGACGAUACUUUCUGUUUGUUCAACGGUAAAGAUCCCAAGUACCUUUGUACGGAAGAUGAGAUGAAAAUGUUUCCAGGCAUUGAACAGAAUUUCGUCAAGUUAUUUAUACCUAAAACGACAAGAAAUUAUAUGAAUGAAAUACAGAAAGAAGCAUCUUCAAGACAUGCUACUAACUGUCUGAGAAGAAUAAACAAGGAAAAUUUUCCAAGUUUGCUUAAAAAAACACUGUCUGCGAACGGAAAAUAUAGUGACUGUUUUAAUAUAUGUACUAAUCACAUAACAAUGCAAUGGCUCGACCGCAUCUGGAAAUACAUCGGUCAGCAUUUUGACACCCUGGAAACAUUCGAGCAUAUGUUUCUGGUUCCUGUAAGGAUUAAAUCCAAAUCCAGCCGUAUCUUGGAUAUGAUGUCUUUGAAAGGAAAGUAUGUAGUUGCUAUGUGUGGUGGGACCGAAACACUGGGCCAGAAUAUGAGAAACGCUCUUUCAAAACUGAAAAUAACCGUAAUCAAUCAUAUUCCAAAAGGUGACAGCUAUGAUGCACUGAUGGGAGCCUAUUGCAAAUAUCCAAAUAUAAAAGACGUAUUGGACCUUUUGGAAGGAACCGACGAUGUCCAUUUGACAAUAUGUCACUUCAACGAACGGUCCUGUCUCGAGGAGAAAAAAGCUUUGCUAGAAUUCCUGUCAAAAGAUCCUCACAAAGGAAAUCCAACAGUUGAUGAUAUGCUGCGGCAGUUGGAUAUUUUCCCUGAAACCUCGGACGUUAACAAUACCUCACAGUACACAUCCAUAAAUAAGAAUGGAAAAAUAGCUUGCAGAAACCUUAUCCCAGUUAAAUAUCCCUUUCCUCUUCUGCAUUUGGAAUCCUCACAAAAAAUUCUUGCUGAGCGGCUGGGAGCCAGUGAAAUAUCAGAAUGUAAACUAGUUGAGGAGAUCUUAAAUGUUAUUAUUCGCGGUUCUGACGAAUAUUCCAGCUCGAGCAUUGAGAAAUUCAUGAUACAUCUCCUCAAACAUCUUAAUGAAAUAAAAGGUGAUCACGACACUAUCCUCUAUUUGGGUUCCAGGAUCAAGUUCAUUGACGUCUCCUCUGCAAUAGGAGACACGAUUGUUGAAUCGAUAAGACAUUUUUUUGACCAUACCAACAGAAAUCUACAGGAGUUGUUCCAUUUUAACGAAACCAAAUUCGUCCCAUCAAGAUAUCGAAAACUAAAACUCAAAUCUGCACUUAGAAAAUUCGGAUUGAAAUCAGAAGAAGAUGUAGAAAUCGACGAUAUAUGCAAUGUGGUUGAAAUACUGGAUCGUAAGUGCCGUCAACAGAAAGCAACUGACAAGGAAAAUUUAAGAAAAUGUUCGCAACAGGCGAUGAAACUUCUGGAGAAGAUAAUCACACAAUCCGCUGACAGUUUCGACGCAUUAGGUCUGACCAAGUACCGUUGGAUAGCCUAUCUUAGCGAUAGACCAUCUCAUUAUCCGAGCGUACUACCAUGGUAUGGACAGCAGUUCGAAUCAAUUCUAUGCUCGCCGCAGGAUGUCGUCUCAACCAAGCAUCAGUCACUUUCAGCAUCAGUCAAAUGCAUUAUGGAAACAUCUUUUUAUCCUCGUCUUGCGGAAAUAUAUGGAUGGGACACUCCUCCAGGUGUUGAAAUAUGUUUAUUACAAUUGAAGGCUUUGAGAGAGAUAUUCUGCAUAAGACAAAAAGCAACGCUGAUGCACAUCGUAAAAGCCAUAUAUCUGCAAUUGCACGAGAGUAUUGUUACGUCAAGAGUCGAGGAGCUAACCUCAGAAUUUUUCGUUUGUACACAAGAAGGAUUUCAUCAUGCAGAAAAGGUAUUUGUAUCCUUUCCGACAAACGAGAACAUAUGUCUUGAACCGUUUCUGUACAAACUGCCCGUCGAGUUUUCCGAAUUCUCCGAAUUGUUUGUAUUGCAUGGAUCAAUAGCUGAACUCACUGUAAGUUCAAUGAAGUCCAUUUUAAUGACAAUCAAAAGAACAACGACCACUUCUACAGCUACGAGAGACAGAAAGAUGGUGAAAGAUAUUCUUGAAUGUAUAGUAAGCAUGAAAGAUGAUGAAGAGAUCUUGGAUGAUGUGCUGGUUCCUGUUAAAUCGAAUAACGCUAGUUUUGACCUAUAUCCGGUUAAAGAUUGUACAUUCUUUGAUAGUGAUUCCAGCUGGCUGCAUAACAGUGAAGUAGGAAGUACUAUCAGAAGCGUUCAUUCCGAUAUCAGUGCUGAAUUAGCAGAAUCCCUUGGAAUCCAAUCGUUCACUCAGAGAUUUAUGUCCGAGGGAGGGACAGAAGAAAUAUAUUCUGCUUGCGGACAGUCAGAGCCAUUAACAACAAGACUGAACAAUAUAUUGGAAAACUAUCCAGAUGGCCUGGCUGUGUUUAAGGAGCUGGUUCAAAAUGCAGCUGAUGCAGGAGCUCAACGUAUACAUUUUCUUUAUGACGAAAGGCAAAAUAAGGAUGCCAGAUCUGGAUUAGUUGACGUUAACAUGGCAGAGUGCCAAGGUCCAGCAUUGUGGGCUUACAAUGAUGUACAGUUUACUGAAAGCGAUUUCCAAAAUAUUAUCAAGCUUGGCGAUGGGACAAAGAAAAGCACAAAACACAAAAUUGGAAAAUUUGGACUCGGAUUCUGCGCCGUAUACAAUCUGACCGAUGUUCCAAGUUUUGUUAGUGGAAACUCACUGGUAAUCUUUGAUCCUCAUACGACUUACCUUGGAAAGGCCAUCAAGGACAAAAGCAGUCCUGGAAUACGGUUGACCUUCACAGAAAAAAGUUCAGGUAUUCUCAAGAUGAUGAGGAAUCAAUUCCGUCCAUACAACAACAUAUUUGGAUGCGAUUUGUCGGGCCACACAUUCCCGCCUAAGUUCAAUGGUACACUUUUCCGAUUCCCAUUACGAACUAAGCACCAAGCAAUAAAAAGUGCGAUAAAAAACACUCCGUACAGCAGAGAUGAGAUGAUCUCUCUUUUUCAUCUCUUCAAGAAUUGUGCUGGCGAUAUGUUGACAUUUACACAAAACAUGAAAGAAAUGAAAUUAUUCCAUUUGCCCGAAGAGAGUUUAAGCCCAGCGCGUGAUAUUAAAGCUAUUUUCAGCAUUGACAAAAAAGUAGUUAAGAUCAACCCAUUGUUUGAGAGCCCCGCUGGCAUCCAUGUCAUGCGGGAAGUUGAAAAGGCAUUCAAAAGAAAUAAAACCUUUGAAUAUCAUGAACUGUUAUCAGUGAAGAUGUGUAUGCCUAAAAGCACACUUCUAGAUGUUAGGAAACCCUUUACGAAUUCCUCGAAAUGGUUUGUUGCCUGGGCGUCAGGAAAUGGAAAUCAACUACUUGAACAUGCAUGUCGUCUGGAAAGCGAGGGUGCUCUCCCGCUAGGGAGUGUUGCGGUGUUCUUAGAAAAUUCGAAACUUACUGCGGUACCAUUUCCACAUAAAGAGAAACUACUAGGAUUCUACAAUACGAGCCAUUUCUUUUGUUUUCUUCCACUACCCUCCAAAUGCAAAUUGCCUGUACAUAUUAACGGAUGUUUCGCCGUAAGCAGUGACAGGAAAGGUUUAGUGAAAGGAACAAGUGACGAGAAAGGGGAAACAAAGAAUCAGAUUUGGAACCGAAUGGUCAUGUCUGAUGCAGUUUGCAACGCUUAUCUUUCUAUGUUGACCUGUUUAGAUAAAUUUGGAACUUCUCCUGAAAAAUAUGCAACCCUAUGGCCAAUAAGCAACAGUGACGCUGAAAGGGAGUCAUACUUGUCAAAUGCAUUUUUCGAAAAAAUCACCAGUGGCGACUACGAAGUCUUUUAUACGACAGAUGGGCGUCGAGCUACAUUUCGGGAGUCUGUAUUUCUUGACCAUGAUUUUCGCCAUGACAAGACCGUUGGGGACUACGCCUUCGAUGUUUUUCAAAAUAAGUUCUGUGGAAAAAACAUCCCGAUGGAUAUGUCAAAGGACGUAUACCAACAAUUUUGCACAGCAGGAUGUAAGGAGAAACUAGACCAGCAGGUGAUUUCCGUGGAGAAGUUCUUUGAGAAGCUUUUUUUCCCAAAUAUAAAUCAAAUAAAUGAAGAAAAGCGUGAUGCAUUGGUGAUGUUUAUAUUGAAAAAUAGACGGCUUCAUUUGCAGCAGUUGUUGAAACUGACACCGUGUAUUCCUGUCCGACAAGAUAGACGAUUGAGAUUUCCGAAUGAACUUGUGCGACCGAAAUCCGAAGUAUCACAUUUGUUCUUUGAAAGUGACGGACGGUUUCCAUCUGACUCCAACCAACCCUUUUGUAAAGAGAAAAUCUUAGAUGUCCUUGUGCAGUUGGGCAUGAUGGAUAGGACAAUGUCAGACCAAGUUGUUGUGGAACGAACAAAGUCUAUUGCCGAACUUCCUGACCAUAAAGCUGCCUUACAUCGCUGUCGAAAGUUACUGGAAUAUCUGUGUCGAGAACACAAUCAUGAGAAGAUCUUCGGUGAUUUGAGCAGUAUAGCCUUUCUACCAUACUUAAAGAAACCUAGCGAUUGGCCUCUCCCGUGGAGAACUGAAUGCUCCACAAAUAUGAAAGUUAUGUUCUUUCCUCCAAACAAAAUGUUUCUUCCAACACAUGUGAAACGAAUAGCAUGUUCCCAACCGAUAGUUGACGUUGAAGAAUUCGACAGAAAUAUUAAAGUUGGAAAAGUCCUUCAACUACUUGGAGUCAGACAGGAAAUUUUGAAGAUCGAUGUUGAAGCACAACUUUUAGCAAUCAGCCAAGUGCAUUAUAAAACUCUUACUGUCAAGCAAAAAACCCGAUUGCAUUCAAUAUGCAAUUCUGUAUACCAAUACUUGAACAACUCGCCUGAAACACUGACAAGACAAUAUCAAAAUCUCCCUAUAAUAUUGAUGUCUGAUUGUCUGAUACCUCCUAAGAAGGCAACGAUGGAAACGUUCGAUGGUAUCGACUGUAGUCCAGCAAUAUACCAAUUAGGCACGGCUGAUGUUGCGAAAUACACCAAUUUUCUCGAACUUGUUGGUGUUCAAAAAACGCUUUCGCACAAAAACGUUCUAUCGGCACUCGAGCAGAUCAAAAUGGACAACAAAGAAACAAUUCUUUCGGUAAGGAGUGUUGAAUUGACCGUAAAAUUGCUGGAGCUUCUCACUGCAAUGUGUGAGCGAUCAGGAAUGAUGCUUAGUUCCACUGAAAAGUCUCAAAUUUACGUUCCAGAUGAUUUAAACGUUCUUCGUCUAACAGAUGAAUUGUGUGUAGAUGAUGGAUAUCAACUCAAAAGACAAGAUUACAUGCAUUUCGUUAACAAGAAAGUAUCAGUAGGCAUUAUUAAGUCACUUGGCAUAAAAUCAAAGCGUGUAAAGCAUCUCAACAGUAUCAAAGGAAGCAUGCCAUUUGGACAAAAGGAAGAAUUAGUGACACGACUGAGAGGAAUCCUGGAAGAAUAUCCCCGAGAUGAGACAAUAUUGUAUGAAUUGUUGCAAAAUGCUGAUGACGCAGGAUCAAGUGAGAUCAUGUUCUUUCAAGAUAUGAGACAACACGAAACUACAAAAGGCAUUUUUGGAAAUAAGUGGUCUGAAAUACAGGGUCCUGCCUUGUGUGUUUUCAAUGACUCCUGUUUCUCUGUUGAAGAUCUUGAAGGCAUUUGUAAACUAGGGAAAGGAUCCAAAUCUCACGACCCAUUAAAGACCGGUCAAUUUGGAGUAGGAUUUAAUGCAGUUUAUCACUUGACAGAUGUACCUUCUUUUAUCUCAAAAGGCCCGACAACACCAAAUAAUGGAACGUUCUGCGUUUUUGAUCCUCAUUGUUAUUUUUGCCAGGCAAACGACAAUAAUCCUGGAUUGCAGAUUCCUGAUUUGAGAGAACUGGAAGAGUCAUACCCAGGAGUGUUCGAAUGUUAUUUACAAAAAGAGCUUCCAAGGCAAAAGGGCACAUGGUUUCGAUUUCCUUUGAGAAACAAAAACAUGGCACCAUCUUCCCGUAUAUGUAACAAACCAAUGGACAUUGGUACAUUAAAUGAAUUAUUUCAACAUUUCAAGUUCAAUAUGAAGAAAUGCCUUUUGUUUUUGAGGAAUAUCAGAAAAAUAUCAUUAUUUGAGAUAGAUGAAGGAGGAAAUAUCAAAAUCAACCAUGAAGUUGAAUCUAGCCUUGACGAAAACGAUGAAAGUAACUUGAAAGAGUUCACCAAUAACUGCAACACAUGUACAAAAGCUUUAUAUGAUAGAUCGGUGCUCGUCGAAAAGAUUGAAUAUCGGAAAUGCAUAUACAACAUGACAAUUCAGGAAACUUUACAUCAACCUGAACACUGGAUCGUUGCUCAGACAUUUGGAUUCGACACGGGUACUAAAAUACCAGAGAUUGUAAGAUUAGCUUUUCAAUGCGGUGACAUGAUUCUCUCACCAAAAGGUGCCGUGGCUCUUUUAAAUGUAUCAAGAAAUAUACAGUCGACCAGCAACAAGGGAAAACAAGGUGGACAAGCAUUUUGUUUUCUUCCACUGCCCUUGAAAACAGGUCUUCCCAUACAUGUCAACGGACAUUUUGCCCUUAAUCAGACAAGAGGAAACAUGUGGGAUAAGACAUACAAGGGUGACUGGAACAAAUUGCUUUUCAGUACGGUGGUAUCGAACAGUUAUAUAAUGGCUAUUGAACAUCUACGCGACAACUUGCUUGAAAACGAUAUCAAUAGGGAAGGAUCUACUGUUGUGAACGUCAAAUCCAGAUUGGAGAAUUAUCACAACGCAUUUCCGCGAUAUGAAGAUGGAAAAACCGAUCUUAUCAAGGGAAUGAUAACUUCCUUUUUUUCUACUCUCUAUGAAAAGGAGUCCACCGUGUUCCCGGUGAUAUCGCCGAAUGCAACAUCGCUGUGGUGGGUUGCUUUGCAACAAAGGAGUCAAGCUUUUCCUGCUUGUUUUGAUAAUUUAAUUGAACAGUUUUUAUAUUCGACACAACUGAUAAAACCUCGACCACAGUCUGAUUCCAGUUUUAUCAUCGGAAAGAAAGAAGAAGAUCUUGAACGCGCUACAAAUGAUGCACGCUGUCUGUCCAGUGUUCUUAAAGGUAUCGGCAUGAAAUUACUGGAAUCACCAUUAUGGAUUCAUGAAAGUAUGCGUCAAGCAUUGCAACAGCCGAACAGCUUAAACUUCAGCCAAUUGGCAUUAAUCGACCAUUUGGUUAAUCCUAGUCAUGUCAUCCAGUUUUUAAAAAUAGGCAAAACUUCACCAGAUGCUUGCCGUCUGAAUGAUGUACACCGUAAAGUAACGGACACCCCUAUCAAAAGUAUUGACAACGUGAACCGUCUUCUACGAUACUGUCUUAAAGAUGAAGAUGAUUUCCACGAACACAAGGAUCAGCUACCCUUACUAGUGACAAAUGAUGCAAUCCUGCGGUGUUUUUCCUCAACUAGACCUGCUAUUUUGUCCCCAUUUUGUGAUCUUCUGCCGAAAUCGGCAAACAAGUUUGUGCACAGCGGUAUGGUCAAUGUGUUAACGAUGUUGCCUCUGAAGAAAUGCCAGUGUCUGAAAUCCUUAGAUCAGGACAGUUUUACACAAAUGUUAUCAGAAAAUUUUGACAAGGAAGCUCUAUCAGGAGAUAGACCGAUACCGUGGGAUAAACGUAUGCUAAGUGUUAAGUGGAUAGAAACACUCUGGCAAUAUUUGGAUUCAUUGGAAAGUAUUGACAUCGAUGUGAUGGAAAAUUGGUGUCUAAUCCCUGGAAAAUUGAAAACGACCGGAAGCCUUCGUCGCAACGACGUUUUAGUUCCAUUCGAUAGAAGUUUUAUUUUGCUGAACUGUUGGUCAUUUCAGGACGACGACCUGCGGAAUGUGCUUAUGUCGCUAAAUGUGCCAACGAUGCAUUCAUGUACCAAUUCGGCAAAAUUAAGAGGUCUAGUAGCAUCACAGAAGGAUCCAGUACGAUUGGUGCAGUGUCUUCAUUACCAUAGGGAUAAUUUGAAAAAUCUGACAGUAGAACAUGGCGAAAUGAUACUGUCAUACUUAUCUCAGAUGGAAACCAUUGAAAAGCUUAAGAAACCACCAUUCAGUGUCCAGAUGAUAAAAGACCUGACUUUGUUCAGAACUGUUAAUGGGAUUAACGUCAGUCUUCAAAGGGAUGCUAUGCGGAUUCUUAUUGUGAAAGAGCCGUCUGAACUUGUCAAAGACGGUAUUGAGUCUUGGUCCGACAAUUAUCAAUGUACUUUAUUGGAAGAAAACAAGUACGCGUUACCUUUGAUGUCCUACUUAAAUUGUAGUGAAACUGUUUCAGUUUCUGAACUGUACUGCAAACAUGUUCUGCCAAAUUUUUGUCAUCUUGAGCGCGCACAUCACUUAAUUCACUUGGAAUACGUGAGGAAUAUGCUUAGAGAUACCCCAGACUGUCCGUUUAAAAAAGUGUUGAGGACUUCAGAAUUCAUUUUCCAUGAUGGAUGUUUGAAACGAGCGGACUCCUUUUACAGCCCCCAUAACAGAUUAUGUAAGAGAAUGUGUGAUGAGUCCAUGCUACCACCCGAUCCUUUUGGAUGUAAGGAGUGGAAGACACUAAUGGUCAGCGCAGGAAUGAAAGAAAUAGUGUCAGCCGAUUUGUUUGUCCAGUUUGCCAAAAAGAUAGAAAGUGGUGGACAAUCUGAAGGCAUGACAAAGAACAUAAGAGAACAGUCUAAAGAGAUAGCUACGUAUCUCUUUGAAACAAAGGAACUUUACAACAACCCUGUAUUUCUGGAGCAAAUCAAAAACAUUCGCUUUGUAGAACCCGACUGUGUCAACCCUGCGUACCAACAAAUAUAUUCGCAAUUCGGAUGUGAGGGCUUGAUAACAUUUUGUGGCUCUGUGCACAGUUCUAUAACGGAACUCGUUUGGUCGACGACUCCUAUUUUGCCAGACUAUAUAAUGAGAAAUGUAAAUAAUGGCUUAGGAAUUCUGAAGGAGCCACCGCUGGUCAAUGUGCUGUCCCAUACUCACAAUGUUUUCGACUCUAUGAACAAAAUAUUACAUGAAAAGAAAACAGAAACAAGAGAUGUUCAUUCUGGAAAUGUAUUCGAUAAAUUGAUCACAACAAUUUAUAAAUAUCUUCAAGGUCAUUGUCUUUCUAAUCGUGAAACUAAACAAAUGCUGUCUGAAACGCCAAUCGUACACAUUAUGGAAAAGGGACUAUUUGUCACUGCAAGACAAGUAUCUAUCUCAUUUGACGGAAAGAAACCGAUUCCGCCUCAUUUGUUUCAGAUUCCCCUUUGUUAUGGACCAUAUCAGAAGCUCUUUCAAUUCCUUGGAACAACCGGUUCUGUAACUUUGAGUCAAUACGCGGAUGUAUUAUAUAGAAUUCAGUGUGAAGUCAAAUCUAACAUGCUUGAUCCUGAUCACUUAGAAGACGUGAAAACAGCAUUGCAUGAUUUGAUGUUGUUAUUAGAAGAAAAAGAGGUACCCGAUAUUGAAACUUCCAUGGCAGAUGUGGAAUCCUUAUAUCUACCUACCUGUGACAAGCGUUUGGUAAAAUCAACAGACUUGGUGUUUGUGGAUAAAAACAAACUUAAAAAAAGAGUUAUGCGAUGCAACGAUCAUAAUCUACAGUUCAUACAUAGUUUGAAGGCUUGCCACAACCGUGAAAAUAUAAUCAUGAAGUUACCCAAUCACUUAAAACCUAGAGUCUUGAGUUCAAUCGUACAGGAAGUACUCAUAUCCGAUUCGAAUAUCGCGAACGAUACCAAGGUAGAUGAAUUAGGAGCUUUUCUAGCAUCUGAGAGAUUUUUAAAUGUAAUUAAGGUAUUCGGCAAAUUCAGCGACGAAGAUUUCGACAGGUACCAUCAACAGCUAUUGAAUAUACAGCUUAUUUCCCUCACAGAGAUCAAAACAAUCCUUACGAUUGAUGGUAGAUAUAUUUCUGACACCGAAGCUGGUCAAGACUGUUUUUACACGACCAAGGAUGGUGUACAAAAAUUAUAUUUUGCGGAUAACACACAUGAAAUAAGUACCUGGUUAAAAGACAUUGGAGGAGAACUCUUUGGAACACUUUCCGACUGUUUGGACCAAAAAAUCUCACCAGAAAAAAUCCGUGAAGUGUUGGGUUUUCUAGACGAUCCAGUCAGAUUCCGAAAGUAUUGUGAAACUCAUUUCGAGGAGGAAGAAAGCGAAAAAGAUAUUUUGUUUUCGUACUUUCCGGGGAACCUGGUUCCGUUAGGGUUGCAUGAAUUACUUCAGAAUGAAAUUAGUCUUCUAAAGACAGGUGACCUUGUCGUCUACGAGAAGUUUGAUCCAACUGUAGAAGGUCACCAACAUGCUUUAAUGUCGAAUGCAAUAUACAUUUUUGUCAGAAUACUAAAGAUAGUUCCACAGGAUAGCCAAACCAACCAUCUUCUUCAGAAAUACGAAGUUAGUUUCGGCCAUGGUAGAAACGAAGUGGUAAUGGGGCUGCGGCUAUAUAAGGUUGUAUAUCCGGAAGUAACAACAUCUACUGAAUUAGUUGUACAUCAGUUUGGACAAGACAGUUUUACGCCUCUUAAUAGAAAUAAUAUCUUUCAUGAAAUCAUUUUUACUUUGUCCAAAGCUUGGCAACUAGAUACUGCGGACAGGAAACGGGUCAUGCGGAGGUUAUUACUGAUAUGGCACCCUGACAAAAAUCUCAUUAAAGGCGACCUACAUCAAGGGUUUGCUAAGGAGGUCACACAGUUUAUAUUUGAUAUCUGUAGGCGCCUUGACGAAGGCGAAGACUUUGACACUCCAAUUGCUGGAGACAGGAGAGAACCGAGAAGACGGCGAAAUUACGACGGAUGGAGCUAUGGCGAACGAUCAACAGAUUGGGUCGUUUUCGGAGACCAGGUAUCGUCAAUGUAUAGGCAAAGUCGUGAACACGGUGAACAAAGGCAAAAAGACGACCCGAAGAACCCACAACGUGCAGAGGGAAUAAGAUGGUUACGACAAGCUAGCAUGGACUUUAAGUGUGGAAUGAAUUCAUUAGAACUGAACAAAGGGACGUUGGGAGGUGAUAAUCUUGACAAAGUAGAUUACAACUGGGUUUGCUACAUGUUCCAUCAAGCUUGCGAGAAGGCAUGUAAAGGGUAUGUGUAUAGUAUUGAUGCGAAGAAAGUCCAGCGUUAUCACAACUUACGCUCUAUCAUUCCGUGGUCGGCCGGAAAUGAACAACUCAUUCAAUGGUUAGAUGAGAUAGAAACAAUAGCUGGAAGCUAUUUCAAAAUGCGUUACCCGGAUGUCCUAGACUAUCCUCGUAUUCCAGGAGAUUCAUAUUCAAAGGAACAAGCCAACAAAAUGAUGAAAUUGACAACUAAGGUAAUGGAGGAAAUCGAAGACAAAAUGUAACUUUCUAAGAUAUCAUGUGUCUCUAUCUGAUUUUGAUAAAGAACAGAGAUGCUUUAUAUAUCUAAUUUUAAAAGCCGGUGUUGAGGACAUUCAAAAGGAAAUUAUGGCGAGGUAUGUAAGGAAACCUCGUCGUUUGUAGUAUUUAUAUAUAAUUAUGUAAGGAUAUCAUGGCAAGGUGUACACAGAAAGUCUGUCAUUUGUAUAUAAUUAUGUAAGGACAUCAUGACAAGGUGUACACAGAAAGUCGGUCAUUAGUAUAUAAUUAUGUGAGGACAUCAUGACAAGGUGUACACAGAAAGUCGGUCAUUUGUAUAUAAUUAUGUGAGGACAUCAUGACAAGGUGUACACAGAAAGUCGGUCAUUUGUAUAUAAUUAUGUGAGGACAUCAUGACAAGGUGUAAACAGAAAGUCUGUCAUUAGUAUAUAAUUAUGUGAGGACAUCAUGACAAGGUGUACACAGAAAGUCGGUCAUUUGUAUAUAAUUAUGUGAGGACAUCAUGACAAGGUGUACACAGAAAGUCUGUCAUUAGUAUAUAAUUAUGUGAGGACAUCAUGACAAGGUGUACACAGAAAGUCGGUCAUUUGUAGUAUUUGUAUAUAAUUAUGUAAGGACAUCAUGACAAGGUGUACACAGAAAGUCUGUCAUUUGUAUAUAAUUAUGUGAGGACAUCAUGACAAGGUGUACACAGAAAGUCGGUCAUUUGUAGUAUUUGUAUAUAAUUAUGUAAGGACAUCAUGACAAGGUGUACACAGAAAGUCUGUGAAUUGUGAAGAACAUGGUUUUUAUAAACUAAGUUGAUGUAAGAAAUGACAUUCGUUUAGUUUUUAAGUUUUUAUAAACCACCAUUUCUUCAACAUUUUGUAAUUAUUAAAAAAAAUUGACGCACCUGGUUUGUAGAACUAAAUUGGUGUUAGAAAUGACUUUCGUUUAGUUUUUAUGUUUUUAUAAACCACAAUUUCUUCAAUAUUUUGUAAUUUUUUAAAAAAAAAUUGACGAACCCGGUUUGUAGAACUAAAUUGAUGUUAGAAAUGACAUUCGUUUAGGUUUUAAAUUAUAAACCACAAUUUCUUCAAUAUUUUGUAAUUUUUUAAAAAAAUUGACGAACCUGGUUUGUAGAACUAAAUUGAUGUUAGAAAUGACAUUCGUUUAGUUUUUAAAUUAUAAACCACCAUUUCAUGAAGUAUUGUGUAAUAAUUGAAAAAAUUGACGCACCUGGUUUGUAGAACUAAAUUGAUGUUAGAAAUGACAUUCGUUUAGGUUUUAAAUUAUAAACCACCAUUUCAUGAAGUAUUGUGUAAUAAUUGAAAAAAUUGACGCACCUGGUUUGUAGAACUAAAUUGAUGUUAGAAAUGACAUUCGUUUAGGUUUUAAAUUAUAAACCACAAUUUCUUCAAUAUUUUGUAAUUUUUUUAAAAAAAAUUGACGAACCUGGUUUGUAGAACUAAAUUGAUGUUAGAAAUGACAUUCGUUUAGGUUUUAAAUUAUAAACCACAAUUUCUUCAAUAUUUUGUAAUUUUUUAAAAAAAUUGACGAACCUGGUUUGUAGAACUAAAUUGAUGUUAGAAAUGACAUUCGUUUAGGUUAUAAAUUAUAAACCACAAUUUCUUCAAUAUUUUGUAUUUUUUUUUAAAAAUUGACGCACCUGGUUUGUAGAACUAAAUUGAUGUUAGAAAUGACAUUCGAUUAGUUUCUAAAUUAUAAACCACCAUUUUAUGAAGUAUUGUGUAAUAAUUGAAAAAAUUGACGCACCUGCUUUGUAGAACUAAGUUGAUGUUAGAAAUGACAUUCGUUUAGUUUUUAAGUUUUUAUAAACCAUCAUUUUAUGAAGUAUUGUGUAAUAAUUGAAAAAACUGACGCACCUGGUUUGUAGAACUAAAUUGAUGUUAGAAAUGACUUUCGUUUAGUUUUAAAAUUAUAAACCACCAUUUUAUGAAGCAUUGUGUAAUAAUUGAAAAAAUUGACGCACCUGGUUUGUAGAACUAAAUUGAUGUUAGAAAUGACAUUCGUUUAGUUUUAAAAUUAUAAACCACCAUUUUAUGAAGUAUUGUGUAAUAAUUGAAAAAAUUACGCACCUGGUUUGUAGAACUAAAUUGAUGUUAGAAAUGACAUUCGUUUAGUUUUAAAAUUAUAAACCACCAUUUUAUGAAGUAUUGUGUAAUAAUUGAAAAAAUUGACGCACCUGGUUUGUAGAACUAAAUUGAUGUUAGAAAUGACAUUCGUUUAGUUUUAAAAUUAUAAACCACCAUUUUAUGAAGCAUUGUGUAAUAAUUGAAAAAAUUGACGCACCUGGUUUGUAGAACUAAAUUGAUGUUAGAAAUGACAUUCGUUUAGUUUUAAAAUUAUAAACCACCAUUUUAUGAAGUAUUGUGUAAUAAUUGAAAAAAAUUACGCACCUGGUUUGUAGAACUAAAUUGAUGUUAGAAAUGACAUUCGUUUAGUUUUAAAAUUAUAAACCACCAUUUUAUGAAGUAUUGUGUAAUAAUUGAAAAAAUUGACGCACCUGGUUUGUAGAACUAAAUUGAUGUUAGAAAUGACAUUCGUUUAGUUUUAAAAUUAUAAACCACCAUUUUAUGAAGUAUUGUGUAAUAAUUGAAAAAAUUGUCGCACCUGGUUUGUAGAACUAAAUUGAUGUUAGAAAUGACAUUCGUUUAGUUUUAAAAUUAUAAACCACCAUUUUAUGAAGUAUUGUGUAAUAAUUGAAAAAAUUGACGCACCUGCUUUGUAGAACUAAAUUGAUGUAAGAAAUGACAUUCGUUUAGUUUUUAAGUUUUUAUAAACCACCAUAUUUUGAAUAUUUUGUAAUUAUUGAAAAAAUUGACGAACCCGGUUUGUAGAACUAAAUUGGUGUUAGAAAUGACAUUCGUUUAGUUUUUAAAUUAUAAACCACCAUUUUAUGAAGUAUUGUGUAAUAAUUGAAAAAAAUUGACGCACCUGGUUUGUAGAACUAAAUUGGUGUUAGAAAUGACUUUCGUUUAGUUUUUAUGUUUUUAUAAACCACAAUUUCUUCAAUAUUUUGUAAUUAUUGAAAAAAUUGACGAACCCGGUUUGUAGAACUAAAUUGAUGUUAGAAAUGACAUUCGUUUAGGUUUUAAAUUAUAAACCACAAUUUCUUCAAUAUUUUGUAAUUUUUAAAAAAAAAUGACGAACCUGGUUUGUAGAACUAAAUUGAUGUUAGAAAUGACAUUCGUUUAGUUUUUAAAUUAUAAACCACCAUUUCAUGAAGUAUUGUGUAAUAAUUGAAAAAAUUGACGCACCUGGUUUGUAGAACUAAAUUGAUGUUAGAAAUGACAUUCGUUUAGUUUUUCCUUUAUAUACCACCGUCAUGAAAAUAUUAUAUUCAAAAAUUGUGAAGCUUCUUUGUUGUAUCAAUUAAGUUGUUGUUAGAAAUAUAAGAGCUUAGGUAAUUGUAAUUAUAUACUACCGUCUUAAUCAACAUUGCGUAAUUCUAAGUUUUUCAUCUAUAACCAGCACCUUAUAGAAUAUUGUGUAAUUUUCGAAAAAUGUAACCCGUCCGGUUUGUAAAACUAAAUUGAUGUUAGAUAUUAAAUCAGUUUAGUUUUUUUUGCCCUUAUUAACCACAAUCUUAGUAAAUAUUGUGUAAUUAAAAAUGGUGACAAACCCGGUUUGUAGAACUAUAUUGAUGUUAGAAAUGACAUUGAUUUGGCAUUUUCACUUUUCAACAUCCAUCGCAACAAACGUGUAGUUUUCUAAAAUUGUUACCCAUCCGGUUUGUAUUAAUUAAUAUGAUGUUAGAAAACAAUAUUGAUUUAAUAUCUCUACAUACAUGUGUAAACCAUCGCCUUGAUAAAUAUUAAGUAAUAUUCUAAAAUUUUUACGAAUACGAUUUGUAUAAAUUAAAUAUAUAUUUUCAUAUCAUCAAAGAGGAGACAAAAAGAAUGAAUGAAAGUUAAUCAUUUUCGUUGAAGAAGGACAUCAAUUGUUCGCAAAGUGCCGGUACGAGUUCUUUCCACUAUACAGGAGAUUUCCAAAACAUGAAAAAAAAUAAUAAUGGAGAAUGGCCCAGGGGAGUUAACUCGCAUAAAAUUCAUUUUAGUUUCAUUCGGUAGUAUCGUCUCAAAUUUAUAUACCUGUAAACUUAACUGAACAAUGCUGUUGUACUUUGUUCUUUUGAAGAAAACAGGUUUCAGUGUAUACUUUUUCUGUGUUUUUGUUAUCCUUUGAUUAAUUUUGAGUUUUUACAGUUCAAUUGAUGGUAAAAUAGCAUUGAUCUAGAUUAGCUUACUGGUCUCUGAAACAUUUUUUGUGAUUUUUUUCUUCAGUGUCUGAAGUUGUCUGUUUUUUUAACCAUGUAGAAGAAUGUCAGUUAUUACAAGAACAACAGGCUAUGAAACAUUUUCGAAUUUUGUUUUUAUAUGUUUUGACGGAUUUGUAACUUUAUGUUACAAAUAAAGUUGAUGUGGUUUUGUUUGACGAAUAGUUACUGAAACAUUUUUAGUAUUUUAAAAACAUUUUAUCUUGAUAUCACUUAGAUACACACAUCUCUCCUACACAAUGUUUUUAUUUAAUAACAGUUUAAAAGAUAAAAUGUUGAUUUAUAUAAUAGAAACAGCUAUACGAAAUAAAAAAUAUUCUAUAAUCUUUCUUAAUCUGACAGAAACUCUAAGACCAUUUGAAAUAAAAUUUGGCGUAAAUUUAGUAUUUUUUAGCUUUACAAUUUAAAGUAGAAACAACUUAGAUGUAGAAAAUAGCUGUGGUAAACAUUUGUUGCAUACUGUGUGUAAAGAAGCGGUUUCGAAAUAAUUUUUUUGACUUUAUCUUUUUUCCCCCGGUUGUUUAAUUCACUGGCACUGUGUUUGAUUUACAAAAGGUAAUAUUGUAAUUAAGCGAAUGAAAAUUAAUGUAUUACUCGAAUAACAUUGACGUGUGAUAUGACACAGAAUAAGCUGAUCAAUAAUCAUGUUUUCUUCAGGUGAAAAAUUAUUUUUUUUAUAUGGUGAAAGUAAUCUGCAUGAUAUUCCUUUCUAAUACACUCAUUUAGGCAAUGAAAAUGAUUUAAUAGCCAAAAUUAAUUCUUCGUCUUUUUGUUUCGAAUUUUGAACAGCUUAACGUUCUAAAGUGUUAAUAAAAUUGCUCUAGUGAACGUU